CAGAGAAGCUGCCUUCUUCAGCAGCUUGGACUGUAAGAUAGUAAGGCGUUAAUAGGCCUGGGCAGUGGCAUCCCAUUAAAUAUUAUUCAGAUGUGGCGUAAAGGUCGACAAGACCUACCUUCAAAAACAGGCGGCGUGUUGCUGAAUAUUUUGACUUUUUCUGUCGGAAAGUUAAGAAUACUUUUAUUAGUAUAGAUUUCCGAAUGUAUUUUUUAGCAUAAGUGCACUAAUCAAUCAUUCUGAAUCAAUAUUGAUCUUUAAUUAAUGAUUGGUAAUGAAAUAAUGUUGACUCACCGGUCUUCAUCAACAUGUGACAAGAAAAGUAGACAAAAGAUUUUAAAAAUAUGUUAUUAUUUAAUUUUUUUUUUAAAUUGUAAACGGCAUUGUGGCUCCGUUUAGAGAUCAAUACUCACCCCUCAGACAUGUCUGCAGUUUAUGGUUCCUUUGAAACAGAAACAAGGUUUAUUAACUCUAUUUUUGACACCACUCCACAUAGUUUCACAGACUGCACCCAUAGAUGAUCACGAUGAGCAUUUAUCAAAGUCUCAGUCGUGUUUUCUACACUUAAUGUGAUUGAUGAAUCCAACCAGUUCACCAUUUAAUACAUUUAAUCUGUUUAAUUGUCCUCAGGUGCUGUCAGAUGCAUUGUAGCUUCCCCGCAGGACCAGAUAAUCCUUCCUAUUGUUAUAAAGAGCUGACAGGGAGCAUGUUCCUCGGCUAUAUUUAGCCAUAUUGCCACAUUGCCACCAUGCUUUGCUGGGUCCCAGCAGCUGCUGUGGCCUUGAUGGUGCCAGAGAAAGUGUUGGCAGCCAAGAGACAACCAACAUCAGACGUAAUGGAGACUGGAAGUAAAUAUAACAGUUCUCAAUCCCAAUACUUUAGGAUCCACGACACGGCUCAUGGUUUUUUUUAUUUUACUCUUGUAAUUGCAUAUAUCUAUUGUCCAAGCAUAAACGGCGAAAGUGAAAAUGAGCCGUAAUCUAAUGUAAUGAGCCAUCUCCUCCACUGUGGUUCACUUUCUUUGACCUUCUCUUUGUGGCGUUAGCUUUAAAACUGCAAUACUUCCUGUUUUCAAUAAGUUCAACAAUAGCAUUGCAUAUAAAUGAAUAGAUGUAGGUGUUAGAGAAGGAUGAAAGCAUGUCAAUGAAUCUAAUUCAACACAGUAAUAGAUCCAAUUUAUAUUAGCCAGUCUGACAAGGUGUGAAUGUCAAAUGUAAAUAAACCAAGCCGCCCGCAUUUACAAGAAGCCUGCAGCCUUGCCCCUCCACCCAGGAUGUUGCCACUUCAUACCAGCGAGCCAUCAUCACUUAUCACAACGGCUUUUCGGCUACACCGACGGGUCAAGCAUGCCGUUAGCAGUUCAAGCCUCAGGUUACGAGGCUCAAAAGAUCUCCAAGAAGCUUGAGCUGUCUUAGAAGAAAGCUAGAAAGCCAUGUUCGAAUAAAGUUACUUUAAGACCUUGACAAAAGUGGCAACAUAGCAGCCACAGUAGAUGUGUCAGGAGCAUGCUGAUAUGCAGUCUUCAUUACUUCCUAAAUUAAAGCCGGACUUUACCCAAACGUGGCUGUAAAUGUCUGUAGAGACUUGGAUAGCUGGGCUGCUGUCACAGCAGGACAAGACGUUCAGCCCCCUGUAACAUCUAUAAUAAAUAUGACUGACUUUUAUUUUCUUGAUAUGAAAACUUACCUUGAAGAUGAGAAUCAGAGAGGGCAGCGACAGGACUGAGUCAGGGAAAGAAAAAGCACUUCAUAAUUAUUAGUGAAAGAUUUAUGUUUUCAAAGUCUCAUGUGAAUGGCUCGCUAAAAUAGACCCCCCCCUGUCCACCUGACAAUUUCUGCAUCACAAGGCAACCCUUUUUUUAUUUGCCCUCAACCCGUGACAUAUUUAUCUCAUGUGAUAACGUCGCACAAGGGCACAACUCACACGCUCCGUCACCUAACUGACAGCUGACUUAUCCUCUCUGCAGAUAUCAGGCACGCUGAGCAUGUUUUUGUUUUUUUAAAUUGUGUGUGUCAUGGGGCGUUCUGGCAAAGACUAACAUCAUAUACCAAUUACUUUAAAGGGGCCUUUAAAAAGUAAGCUUUAAAAAACAUGACGGGCUGAAGUUUAUUAAAUUGAAAUUGAAGCUUUAUUCCCUGGUUUCAUGUUACGGUUAGAAGUUAACAGCCACAUGUGUCAUGUGGGGCGGUACUUGUGCACAGUGGUGCUGUGAGCUCAAUGCUAAAAUCAGUGCGCUAACAAGCUGAUGUUGAGCAGCUAUUUAUGUUUACCAUGUUAACUAUGUUAGUUUAUUGUGUUGGCAUGCUAACAUUAUCCAAUUAGCAUUGAACACACAACGUGCAGGUAAAGCUGAAAGACUUCUGAAGACAAUUUGAAUAAUGUUAUCAUGCAUGUGUGAUAUAUUAGUUUUUAGGGGGUUUUUUUCGAUAAAAAAUACUUGCAAAUGCAAUUUGAGACAAGAAAGUUUGCAAAUCUAAAACGCCUACCUCACAGCAUUAGGAAUGUGUUUUAGAUUGGUUGUACGUGAAACAAAUACUUAAUUUUACUUUAAUCAAUCAUUCAUCAGGAUCAACACAACACUAAUAAACAUCAGUAUCUGUCCCGUUCAGCCGAAAGGUUAAUUCUCAUUUGCAGUUUCGAUACAAUAAAUUAAACAAGACAUAUUUUUUAAAAAGCAGACAAAACAACAUCAAUUCUAUUAACUAUUUAUAUUCAAUGUACAAUAUAAAGCAUACAUCAUUAAUAAAAGGCAAACAAGUAAAAACAAUAAACAUUACAAGCAAUUACAAUUUCAAUAAUUUUUUUAAUGUUUAUACCAGUUAGGGAUGCUUCAUAGGAGGAGUUUUAAAGGAGAAGUUAUCAUUGUCAAAACAUGUUCCUCUAUCUGAUCACAACAGCAGUAUAGUGUGUCUACCACUUAUACAUAUAUACACAUCGCAAACAACUGCAGCUGUAGUGAAUAAAAGUCAUAUCUAUCAUAUUUGGAUCGAGGUGCCGUCAUGGCGACUGAAUCAGAAUGGCCGUGACGCCACUCUCACACAGAGCAGAGAUCAACUGCAACCGCUGCAGUCUAUUCUGGUCACACUGGGACAAAGCAACAGGAAUUAACACAUGGCCGCAGCAACAUUUUGGUCCCGGAGAACAUAAUCCCAAUAAACAAACAAUGCAGAGCUGAAGGUUUGCUGGUCACACUGGGCCUUCGCGUGAUGGUAUCUGUAUAUUUAUUUAUGUGAGGUCAGGCUAAAUGUUAAAAUGUGGUUUAAGAGGUGCCCCGGUGGCCUCUACAGUUUAAGACCUUUGUUGAAUGUCUCUUUUGCCCCUCAUAUUCUGUUUAUGAGUUUACUGUAUAAACAAGAACUUUACCUUUUGUAAAUGUGGUGGUCACUGCUACCACCUAGUGACUGUUUUAUGGUUUGACAUAUGGGUUUGCAGUCGGCAUCAAACUACCGUCUACUGAGUAGAAACUAAGUUGUAUUUCUCACAUAAUUCUGUAUAAAAUUGCAGAUUGAGAGAGAAACAUGUUCAGCUCUUGCAAUGUUCCCCGUGCAAAUGGAAACGACAAACCACACUGGAUAAGAGUGUCCUUCCUGUGUAUGCUGAUGUCAGCGCCUGAUAAACACCUCACACUGGUUGAAUCAGAUCACACUGAGGCUCCUCCGUGUUCGCUUAAGCAAACCAUUGAACCAUCUCUCCAAAUGGAGUUCAUUAUUGUGCUUGUUUACUCAAUCGUUUUAAAAGCUUUUCCACAUGUGUUGUGGCGCUACACCAGAUUGAUCCAUGUCCCUCUUUUCUGUUUUCAUUUGACUGCUGGACUCCCAGUGUUGUCUUCUCUGAGGAUUCUGGACAAGCGCUCGGACUGCAACCAACAGGGUCUUAACCACUGCAAAAUUAAUAACUGCUCAGACCAACGCGUGAUCGAACCUAGAGAGCGUGCGCCUGUCGGCCCAGAAUGGGAUGCUGAGCAUGUGGGAGUCUGGAUGGACGAGCACGGACCUGUUUCUGUUGUGAAUGUGACGUGGAAAAUAAAGGGAGAUGGAAGUGCAACAACUGUUCUUGGAUCAGAGAUACAUAUUCUGGAUGAAAGUACAAAUCAAAGUAUGUGUGUGCAGUUUUCUUACAACCUCAGCCAACCGCAUAAUCCAGACUACAUGAGGUGGACAUUUUCCUUGGAUGGAGUCGUGGUCGAGCCUGACCAUAUAUAUAGAGUGUCUGUUUUUAAUCUGCCAGAACCUGAUAUUGGAGACUACAAGAUAAAUAAGACCAUUACCAUCCCAGGAUGUGUUGACGGGAGAAUCCAAGAGGCCCGAAUGUGUCUGGAAAAUGGUAGCCUGUGGGAUCCGAACGUGACCACUGCUGUGUCUCUUAAUAAGGAACUUGGAAAGUUUUCCAUUGUUGUGAGUUUUAAGACAGCUCAUUAUUCAGAGAGAUACCAAGUCUCCAUCCAGAGUUCUGGUUUCCGUUGUUCAAAGGAUGUCUCAAAGCACAUACUGUAUCAUCUUCAUUUCCUUCAUCCAAAGGAAAACAGAACUCUGCUGAAUGUGUCCUUUGAGUUUGGUUGGUGGCAGCUUCCACAAUGUAAAACGCUGCUAAUGAUUCAGCCAUUUUUUGUUCGAUGCAAAAACAACUGUGGGCGCCCGGAGAAAAUAAUAGAUUUUUGUCAAGAUUAUCCACCACGAACUUUAAUUAUAAAGGCAAUGGUGGGGCUGCUUGUCAUUGGUGGUUGUGUUGCCUAUUUACUGUGGAGAGCCACUCAGAAAGAUCCCGUGAACACAUCCUCAGCUGCUGCCAAACAGCAACCAGAAGGUUUCAAAGUGCAGGACAGAAAAAGAGUCCUCGUCAUCUACUCCCUUGACCACCCUCUAUACAAAAGCAUCGUCCUCAAGCUUUGUGCCUUUCUGGCGUCCAAAUGUGGUACUGAAGUGGUCCUGGAUCUGCUGGACUCUAGAAGACUGGGAGUGUUGGGAAGCAUCCAGUGGUUGGACUGGCACAGAGAACAAAUUGAAAGCUCUUCCGAUAAGAUACUGAUCUUGUGCUCACGAGGAGUACAAGCCAAAUGGAGAGCCAUGUGUGGUGACAAACAGGUCUUCCUGAGAGAGGACGCCUGCUCACCUGCAGGCGACAUGCUCAGUCCAGCCCUCAGUCUCAUAGUGCCCCACUUUGUCCGAUCUGCGUCAUUUGGAAAAUACAUGGUGGCUUACUUUGACAAUGUUUGCUGUGAAGACGAUGUUCCUUCACCUUUCCACAUUACAGUGCGAUACAAGCUGAUGGAACAGUUUGAGGAGCUCUUUUUCCGAAUCCUGGACAUAGAGAAGCACGAGCCCGGCAGAGUAAAUCACAUCGAGGGGCUUUCAGAGGACGAGUACUAUCGCUGUCCCUCAGGCAGAGCCUUGCGGGACGCCAUAGAGGCCUUUCAUGCAUACCAGCUGGAUCGUCCACAGUGGUUUGAAAAUGAGUUACUGAGAAGCUAACUCAAUUUGCAAAAUACACCAUAAACCUCAUAGCAUAUAGCGUACCCGACUCAACCCAAGUCACCAGUCAUGUUGAGACACAAGACAGCGAUUUCACUGGAGACAAAACAGGACUUAACGUGGCUGAAGAGUUUUAAAUGUGCAGCUCAGUUGACCCUCAUAUUGUGGAGAACAUGCAGCCAGUUUGAUAUCAUUGCGUGUUUUGAGACAUCCAUGAAGAUCUUCUCUGUACUGAUCGGUGAAACUAUCAAAAGCAGGCCAUCGGUUAUUCAAUUUGAUGUGAUUCAUGUUCAGCAACUUUAUAACAACACAAAAUCAAUUUUGCUAAGAGAAAUCACCAGUGGAUAUAAACAGAUAUUCAACUCAUACUGGAGCAAGUAAUGGGGCAAUGGACUAAUUGAAUGUGUAGAUUCUCUCCAAUCAGCUAUCAGAAGUGGACGUUUUGUACAUCUUCAUCGUUUCAUUAAUGCUUUAUUUUCUUUAUUUUACCGUGCAUCUACUCGUUCUAGCUCUCCAGUAUUUUUGCUUAUCUCUUACUUUCUCUCAGGAGUCAAAUCCUGAGUAGUUUAGACCACAAUGAUCUGUGGUUGAUGCCUUUGGGCUGUGUAAACAGAGUUUAGGUCAAAGUUCAGCUUCCUGAGCAAAGUUUCCUACAUUUUAGUUGCAGUGGAGAAGGUAGGCAAAAUAUCCUGUUUUUUAUAAUAAUUAAACUUUGAUUAAAUAGUCAGUAUUCACACCACAGAUAAAUAAAUGGUCUCCCUCCUAUUGCAUAUAGCAUGUGAGCAGAAAUGAGUGAAUGUUGACAACACCUUUAGAUUGAAGAAGCCUUGCAGAUGUUUUCAUUGUAAUUCAAAGUGUGUGUUGAGUCUCUGAUCCUCUCCGUGUUAUUGAUGAGAUAGUAGAUUAAAAACACCGUUAAAUAUUGCAAUUGUGGCACAAAAUCAUUGGUAGCAUAUUAACUCAAAAUGUUCUGUUUAGUUUUUUGUGACAAUGUCAUACAUUUCAGACAACAGUAUUUAAGAAGAAGAAGAAAGAAUAGAACAAUACUGUUGACCCCAUGCAAUGGAAUUUGGUUGUCAAUCUCUGAG